AUGGCGUCCGGUCAAACAUUAGAAGGCUCCGUUAUUGUCGAUGAUUAUUUUAGCUUCUUUGAAGAUAUACAAGAACAAAGUACGCUAUAGCCUGAUAACUUCUACACCUUUUAAACAAUCAAAUCUUCUAAAAAUAGACGAGGAAUUGGUUUGGAAAGGUCCGUAUGAAAGUCUGAAACUGUUUGUAAAAUCCGACUUGGGCAUUGACGGUCAAUGGAAAUCUACUGGCGGAGAAGUAAAGAAAUUCACGAGUAAAAGUUAUACGUUGAAGUGGCACGGUAAAACAAAGCAAAAGCUCGUUGUAAUUCAAGAUGAUGAGAAUGAAACCCUUCAAGAGAAACUUGUGAAAUCUGCCACGUUGGGUAAUUUCAAAGUUUAUGAUGUAGGACAACGCAGUGAAACCAUUGGAAACAAAAACACGCUCGAAGGCGUUCAGAAGUCGACAUUAUUGUCGAACGAUGACAAAGACAAAGACAAAAACAAGGCAGAAAACCAAACUGUAGCGGUCAACUUCCCGACCGAAGUGCCCCUAGCUGAAAAUGAUCUGAAAUUUACUAAUUCUGUAUGUUGUUGUCGUGAAGUCGUGUCACAAUUCAAGCGUAUCGAAGGUGAUAUACAGCAACUUAAAAACCGAACUGAUUCUUAUGAAGGAAAAGAAAAUUCACGGCCAUGUAAAUUUAACACAUGUGAAAGCGAAAAGGCUAAUCAGAGAAAUAACCUGGAAGAAGCAAACAACAUAAUAAAAGAUCUGAGAGCGAAAGUUGAAUAUUUAGAACACGAGAAGGUCAAUCUCGCUACGGCCUUGGCUCUUCAACAAAAGGACUAUCAAGCUUGUUUGAAUAACUUAAACCAACCGAACAACAUUACAGCUGAAAUGUCUAAUAAUUUCGAAACCGUGCAGAAAACUAAAAGCAGCGAUCGAAAGCAGCAAGCAGAUAUAAUUCCGUCAAGUUCCCACAUGCUCAAUAUAGAAAACCGGUAUCAAACCCUGAGCGAUACCUUGGAUAAUGAGUCACAAACAGAGUCUACUGUUCCGCACAAUCUUUCCAAGCGUUAUGAAACAAAGCCUGUAAACAACCAAGAGGAAUCUACGG